GAGGCCACGGGGCAGUUGGUUCACACUUUCUGAUAUGUAGCGUCGCAAAGGCAGAUCAGGCACCAUGGCCGCAGAGAAACACCUCUUACGGGUCUUUUGGAGCGGAAGAGGCGACUGUUUUGUGUGAUUUUUUUUUCAGAUACCACGGCGCAGGAACAAAGCUCCCUGAGUCUGAAUUUAUUCUCCCAGCGGAGGGCAUUGUGUGUAUGUCUGCGUGGCGGCUGUUGUUAUCGGCGGCAGUGUGUGGCUAGCUACACCGCGCAUCUCCAGCCUCGUUAGCAAGCUAGCAAGUCAACACUGUGUGCUUACAUCGCCGCUAAGCUAGCCAGGGCUGCUAGCUUGGCCGGUUUGUUUGGUGGGAGCUGGUGUGUAGGUGAUGUUGUCCGUGCUGUCGUACGGUAGACUGGUUGCCAGAGCUGUCAUCGGCGGACUUUCUCAAACAGACAGCCGUGACUACAGCCUGGUGACGGCGAGCUGUGGCUUCGGCAAGGAUUUUCGCAAAGGCAUCCUGAAGAAAGGGAUGUGCUAUGGGGACGACGCGUGCUUCAUCGCCCGACACAGAUCCGCCGAUGUUUUGGGUGUUGCAGAUGGAGUAGGUGGCUGGCGGGACUAUGGAGUAGACCCAUCACAGUUUUCAGGUACACUGAUGAAGACAUGUGAGCGGCUGGUAAAGGAAGGACGCUUUGUUCCCAGUAACCCAGUGGGAGUCCUCACGACCAGCUACUACGAGCUGCUUCAGAACAAAGUGCCACUGCUGGGCAGCAGCACGGCGUGCAUUGUGGUUUUGGAUCGGCAGAGUCACCGGCUGCACACAGCUAACCUGGGAGACUCGGGCUUCCUGGUGGUCCGGGGAGGGGAGGUGGUCCACCGCUCAGACGAGCAGCAGCACUACUUCAACACGCCCUUCCAGCUGUCCAUCGCACCCCCAGGGGCUGAAGGAGCCGUCCUCAGUGACAGCCCUGACGCAGCAGACAGCUCUUCCUUCGAUGUCCAGCUGGGUGACAUCAUCCUCACCGCCACAGACGGGCUCUUCGACAACAUGCCCGACUACAUGAUCCUGCAGGAGCUGAAGAAACUCAAGAACUCAAACUAUGAGAGCAUCCAGCAGACCGCCCGGAGCAUCGCAGAGCAGGCCCACGUUCUGGCGUAUGACCCCAAUUACAUGUCGCCUUUUGCACAGUUUGCCUGUGACAACGGACUGAAUGUAAGAGGAGGAAAGCCAGAUGACAUCACAGUGCUGCUGUCAAUAGUGGCAGAAUACACCGACUAGAGUCUGUGUGGAGCUGAGACAGGGGGGCAUCUGCCUCUGCAGGUGAUGGACUGCUUUGAUUCCUGCUGGCCAGGAUGAAGGACUGAAGCCAAAUGCUUCCCCCACAUGCUCUGGCUCUACUCGGCCUCAUCCACCCCCAGCUGACCAUCACUACCCCUUUCUCCCCCCCCUAAAGAACCUCCUAUAUGCCCACUUCUCUGCGAUCAGAGAGUGGCUGAAUAAAGGGUACUGCACAUCCUCUUGGCUGGGCUGCACUGUUGGCAUCUUUGCAGUGUCCCUGUACUCACUGGAUAAUCCCAUUGCCAGGGAUAAGCAGUCAUUGGGCACGAUGGGAGAUGAGGAUCCUGUCUGACGGGGAUAAGUCGUCUUUCUCUGACGGGUGGUUUGGGCUGGGAGGAAGUCGAGAUUCAGAUGUAGCCAGACGGUAGGUGUUAGACCGUUAAAACGGCUCCAUGCUGGGCUGCUGGAAGGCGAAGAUACAGUCCAUCAGUCGUGUCAUGGAGGGAACUGCACAGAAAAUGGCAGCAUUAGGGCUCAAUAAAUGGGCUGCCUUGUGCAAGCAAAUGUUCCUAAUGAUACAAACUUUUGUCGAAAGAGCCUGGAACCUUGUAUGUGGGUGCAGGGAGCAUAUGUUUGAUAGUAGACCAGUGUGCUGUUCUGGGAUGUUUAGUUUAAUAUUUGCAAGGAUUGAGUGUAUGUGACAUUUAUACAUCCAUGGUUAGUUUCUUGGCAGGGUGAUCCAAUAAGAUUUCACGAAGAAGAGCAGCAGCUGCCUUUUCCAUACCAAUGUGAUUCAAGUCUAGCACACAUUUUGUUACUUCACGGCUGUUAGGAUGAGGAUUUAAUAGCCUCGCCAGAUACAUAUUUUGUCAAACUGAUGCCCUCCCUUUAAUCUCACAGCUGCUGCUGAAGUCUUGAUUGUGAUUACAUGUGACGUGUCUAUGAAUAUGUGUGAUGAAUGUGCUCGUCAGUGUGUCUUUUUGAUAUGUGUAAUUAGUGUCUAUGAAAUGGAUGUGAAGGCCACAGACUCCUCCGUUUCCACUGGGCUGAUGUUGGUGUUGCAGCCUUAAACGCACAAAAAGCUUACGAAGCAUAUCUGAAAGAAAAAAGAAAACAGUGGAAGUCGGUCAGGUGACCAAAAUGUAUUUUUGUAACUUCUUUGUUCAGUGGGAUUGUUGAAUUUCUUUGGACUGAUCGCCGCAUCAAAGUAGCUUUAGAAACUGUUGUUCACAAUCAGCGUUUCCUUUUUCUUCUCUCUCCCUACUGCUCUACAGCUCCAAUGGCACAUUCAUACGUCACUGCAGAAGUGGUCAUUAUGUUUCCAUUACAUCACCGCAGAUUUGCACUUGGCAUUACCUACAGCUUUUACCCACAGUUUUAAAAAAUUCUUAAAAUUAUUUUGUGUAAUGUUCAAAUGAUGUGCCUUGUAUCAGGUGUCAUUGAUACUGGCAAAUAAUUCCUUAAACCCCCAACUAUGUGCCAGGUACUGGGCACAAAGCCUCAAAAUGUUAAGUAGCCAUAAGAGUCAAAACAGCUUUCCCAUCAUGCCCUGCUGUCUUAACACAAGAUCCUUUCACCUGUAGUAUGCUCAAGCUUUUUUUCCUCUGCUGAAAUCUGCUUCUCUGCACUCAGUCAGGAGCUUAGGAAUAGUGAUAAAGCCAUCGCACGCUUCGAAAAUCCUCCCUAAGGAUCUUCCGAUCACUGUUUACAAACUGCACUAUCUAAUGGACCGUUUCCCUAUUUAAUCUGACAAGUUCCCACUGGAGGACUGCAGUGUAAAGUGUCAUUGUGAAGUGGUGCUGAUGGGCACAGAGGAGCAGUGAAUGGUCAAAAUGUGAGUUUUAAGUGUUAAAGCACUGAGGACAAUCUAAGCAGCCUUAAUAUUACAAAGCAAUUCUCCCAGUCAGAUGGUACUGCCACUGUUCGCUUUGUGGUUCCUGCUUCCUGACUCAUACCUGCCCUGACACUCUUCCCUGUCGUCUCUCAUCUUCCAAACCCUUUGUUACAACCAGAGCAUGUGUCUAUAUAUAUUUUGGAUGUACAGUUCAAUGAAGAUCUAAGCUCUGUAAAAAAAAAAACAUUUUCAAAUCUGUACAAUAUUUAAAUAAAGAGUAUAGUAUUUAUUA